GUUGCUAAUUGUGUUACCUCAACACCGUUGCAGUAAGUGCGCGCAACAUUAACGCAAUAAUGAGUAAGGCGCAAAAAUGCUGGCUAUGUAAAGUAACAGAGCUAUUUAAGACAACGGCGGCAAAAAAAAAAUUGAUGGCUUCAUUAUAGGCGGAAAAGUUGGCGACGCUUUUAAAAUGCGUUUGGAAAUUGCAAAAGAUGUUUUGAUUGAUGUGAAAUAAAGAGACUAGAACAAAUAAAAAGAGUCGCAAAAUGUCAACAUCGACGAAAGAGAAGGACGCCCUCCCUCAAGCCAUAUUCAUUGACUUGACAAAUGAAUCGCUGGAAAUUCGCAUGCGCGCAUUCGAACAUGUUGAAACAAGUCUCAUGCGCUGCUUGCAUCACGAAGAGGCAAUCAACUUUAAGCCGGUGGUGCUGGUAAAGCAGCUGAUCCGCUGGUUUGGCUUCACACCACCAACAGCCCCCGAUCGCGUCCUGGCUUUGUUGCUCGAGCUGAUGCGCUCCGACUACGGCGAUGUGAUUAUACGCAAGAUUCCUUGCCGCCGAUUCCAAACAGAGUUGGGAAAAAUACGACAAAUAUUGCGUGGUCUGUCGACAGAACGUUGCCUUAAACUGCUGGACAAAAUAGAGAGUCUGCUUGAUAUUAUGUACAAUAGUUCAGGUGAAUCACAGAGCAGCAUAAGCGAAAUGGCAUUUUCUGUCGAUAGCUUCCACCUGCACGGUGAAGACUAUGAAACAGCUUGGUCGCGCGCCAGCCUAAACGACUUAGCCACAAUGACCACAAUUGUGGAUGGACUAACAGUGGAAAACGAUCAGCAGUUGCAGCAGAAAUUGAUCAAUAUACAAAUCAAAGUAUGCGACUAUCCCGUUGAGUAUCUGCUGCAGACGCCGAACAUGUACCUACACUUGCUGCACAUGCAAAAGUUGCAGCAAUCAUCCGAAACACUGUUCCACAUUAAUCGUGCUCUGCUUACGAUCGUUAAGCUGAUGCAGUAUCGCAUUGGCAAGCGCACCAGGACAAUUCAUUAUGCGAAAUGUAUUGAAUCGGAUUUAGAGGCGAAUCUACAAUUGCGUAUUCCCAGCGCUUUGGGUCUGCUGCUAACUGGCUGCUUGGACCAGGUAAAGCGGCCUGAGCUGGAGCACUGUGCUCACAAUUGGCAACUGAUCGAACUGAUUGUUCAGGUGAUCAAAACGUUUGCUCAGCUAGGCGCGCCCAUGCCCGGGCAUCAUGUGCAGCGACUGGGGGCAAUGGUGCCUGAAUUGAUAAGCUACUGCAACAGCAUCGAUCUGUCCAAUGUCACCGAGACGCGCCACAUGGCCAAAGUACUAAUGAUGCCACGAUUGGGAUCUCUGAUAUUUAAUGGAUUGCUGCUGGAUGUGAUAAUGCAGAAUGCAUCUACCAUCGAUCGUGCAACUGGUCUUACGCUGUUGCAACCGUUGAUCCUGGACAGCAGCUAUUUGUGGUGUGAGCCGCAGCGCCGGCAUGAUUUGUCCCAGCUAUACGGCCGGAUCAUUGAAGAGAAUACAUUGGAGCAAAAGCAAAUGGCUCUGCUGAAGGCCGCAUAUGAAUUGGCUGUGGGUCAGCUACUAGCCGAAAGAAGACUGCCACCGUUGGAGCUGUUGGCGAAACAGUGUGAGAUAAGUUACGUUCUUGUGCAACUGGGCAGUGAGUGCCUGCUGCAACAGCUCUGCGAUGCAAUUGUCAAGUGCACAAGUUUAUAUAUGAGCAAGCCAGAGCUGCGCAAUCAGGCGGAAACGCUGCUUCUCACCGUUUUCGAUUUGCCCGACAAGGAUUUGCGCAACUACGCGUUGCGUCUGCUAAAACAGCCCGUUGUCGAGCACUUUCAUGCGUUCAUGAACAAAACGAACUAUUUUCCCGGAUGCAGCAACUUGCAACUGGCCCGCCAGCACAUUCUGGGUCUACCAAUAGGUACCGGACUGUUGCGAAAGCUGCUCGUGGCGGGCUGGCGUCCAUUGCAAUCGUUUCCGCCACAGGCGUUGCAACAGUGGUGCGUUGACUAUCUAAUUAUGCUGCUGGGUUUGGCCAAACUGAUUCCAGCGUGCGAGUUUGCCAUCAUCUUCAAGAUGGUGAUGCCAGUGGUGCCGCUGCUCGUCUGUCGGGCCAUCAAUCAGCCGCAACUGCAGCUACUGCUCUGGCAGUUGUUCGAGCCGGAUGGCCAAUAUGUGGAGACGCCGCAAGCGUUGCGCGGCAACAUCUGUUAUCUAUUUCAUCCGGAUGCCGAAAUGCGUAAGGAUGCCAUGGCGCGUGUGGCCUACAUCCUCAUCACACAGGACCAUCAGCUCAAAUAUCGACCAGCUAUGCAUAAGCUGUCCCUGGACCUGCUCGGACAUAAUCUGUGCGUGAUUAACCCACCAAUUGAGUACGCCAGCAUAUUCUGCGAUCGCCGGAGUGCACCAGCCACAAAGACUAUGCCGGCGCUGCUGCGUCUGCUGGGUACGCCCGAUCUGAAGCCAGCCAUACGCAAAUCGACGCUCGUUCAAUUGAAUAUCCUGAUGCACAGCUGGUUGGCUGCCCAUACCUACGCGAGCUGCGAUGGCGCCUAUGUGCUCUGCUUGAGGGUGAUACAUGAUCUCAUUUUGUGUGCUGCUGCUGAUGAUGCGGACACACUGCAGCCGGCCGUGGGCAUUCUGCUCCGUGUGCUCUGUUGCAGCGAACGUUUCCGGCGCGAGUUCAGCGACAAUGUCGAGCUGCUGGUCUGUUUGAUGCGAUGUAUUUUCCUGCUGCCCCACUCGCAACAGCUGUGCGCCGAGGCGAGCACCUGCAUAUUUCUGCUGCUCUUUGACGAGCACAUCACUGUGGAGGAGGGCAGCCUCCACGUGGACGUGGAUCUAUCCGCAAUGUCGCUGCCGGUCACCUACGUGCUGAGUAACAGUGUCUCGCCCACAUUCGCCAUGCGUGGACUGGCCAUGCAGGAGCAUUUGCGUGCCACACACUUUGCGGGCAGUGCGGCACUUGAUGCCCAAUAUUGGCGACUCCUUCUGGCGCACUGUGUCUGUGGCAGUGCGGGGGAUCUGACGAUGUCCACCAUCCAUGAACUGGACAUUAGGGAGUCGCUGAAGGUGCGAGCAUCAGAGGUGGCAUUGGUUCAUGCCACCCAAGUGCAUCGGCAGUUGCAAUAUCAACUGGCCGAGGCGAGCAAUUGCAGCAGCCACGAGAUGCUGCAACAGCUGGUGGCCAGCAUUCAGAUGUUUCUGGUCUUCAAGCGCGUCGAUGUGGAGUCCGUUCAAUGCAAACGACUGUGGAUGAUGCUGCACAAGUAUUUGCGCCUAAUGCCCAGCAACGAUGCGGAUCGCAAGUUGUAUACCGAAUUAUUGGAGCUCUGCCGCAGCUGUUUGCGCCAUCGAUUGACACCUGUGUUGCACGGAUUGUGCGAGGCACUCAGAAAUGAUCCGGAUCACAGUUUCGUUUUGAUACUGCACGAUAGCAAUGUGUCUCUGCAUCUGCUGCACCUGGUCACCGAGUGUCUGGUGUUGCUCAUAUCGUCGCCACAACACAACCAGACCAACAACAUCUCCUGGCACAACAAACUCUUCAUGGAGCUGAGCAUUUUGACUCGCACCAAUUUCCAGCUGCGUAAUCUCCAACAUGUCCGUUGUCUUCUAAGGGUCCUGCGGCAGCUGAGCAAUCAGCCAUUGAAUCUUGAUGACGCCAAGCUACAGUCUUAUUAUCAGCAGUUCGUGCAGCUGUCGAGCAGUCUGAGAACAAACACCCAGACUGGAGCCCAGUGGCAAAGGGACUGUCUGCUGAUCAUCUGUCAGCUGCAGGCGAACAGCAAGUUCAGGCCUGCGGACAGUUUGAAGUCUGGCUCUGGAUUGAAGGUGCUGCGCUACCUGAUGGGUCUUUGCGGUCAUGGUGAUGGAGAGGUGCGCACUGUGGCCUGGGUGGCGGUGGCCAAUUGGUGCACGAGCAGCGGUGACAAAUUGCCAAGCGUCCUGCUGGACUUUAAUGAUUUUCUACCCAGUGGCCUGGCCGAAUGUUGCCUCGUCACGUUACUGAAUGCUAAUGAGCUGAUGCUGGUGCGUGAGCUGGCCGGACGUCUCUUCGAGCUGCUGAUGCCACACACUGGCAUCGAGGCCUGCAACCUCCUGUUGCAGCGUCACUCGUUCCACAAAGAGGCACACUUGGCACUCGGCGCACUGCAUGUGGCCUCGAGUAUAAGACCAGACGGCGACAGGUCUAGCGCAAAACACUCCUGCGAGAUUAUUGGUUGCUAUGUGAGUAUCUGCGUCCGUCUAAUCGUCCUGAACCCAAUCUCGUGUGCUACUCACGUCCAGUCCGCCUUUAUCAAUGCCCUCAGCGAUGUUAUGAAAAUGCCAAAGACCGAGAUGACAAAACAUUUAGCUUAUAUGAAUCUGUGCGCUGGCAAUAUUUGUCGGCUCUACUCACUGUGCUAUCAGCACAACGUUCAGUUCAUACAGCGGAGCAUCUGUCGCGACACAUUGCUGAUCGAUGGCUACUAUUCGCUGAUGGACAUUGUGCUCGAUCAGCAGUUACCUGUGCCGCAAAAUCAUCUCAUUGAACUCCUUAAGCUGCUAAUGGUCUUCUUCAAGGAUGAGGAUGCCUAUAAGUAUCUCUGUUUGAAAUUUCGCUCGCAACCCAAUAUGCUUUGUGAUCUGAUCAUGUAUGGCCUAAGUUUGGACUUUGUCCACGGAACUGUGCAGCAAUAUACACUGGCAACACUAUCGUUGCUGCUGGCUAAGGUGCUUAAUUCCAGAGAUGAACUCAAUGUACUAGUCAUAUUUGAAGAAUAUGUGAACGACACUAGUGAUGAGCACGAAGAUGACGGGGAGACGGUCAUGGACACGGACACAAACACGGACAGCGAUAGGGAGAACACCUUGAAUAAACAACUGCAAAUACUAAGUUUGAAAACUGUGGCGAAGCAAAAAAAACCUAAAUCAAAAACGCCAAAUAAUCCGAAACAAGCAAUGGAACGCUAUGCAAGAAGAACCGGAACUUCUCAACUCUAUCAUCGAUUGGAUCGGCUGUUUGAGCUGCACUAUCCGAACGGCAAAUACAGCUUUUUGCAUCCACCAACAAAGAGUCAUGUGCAGGUCUGUGAAGUGCUCGGCAAUCUGCUGAAGCUGUCGUCUCAAGUGACGGACAUGGCAACUAGCUGCGAGCUGAUGCAACGCGUUCUCCACCUGAUCGAGACUUUCCUUGAUGAUGCCACUGUGGGCAGUGCCACCGUCUAUGUGAGGCGGGUGGGUGCACACAAGACGCGCGAUAUUAUCAACAAUCUUCUCGUGCAGCUCAACAUGCUGAUGAACUGGCACAGUGCGUCGCAUGCCGUCAUCACGGAUCCCCAAAUGGCCAUUCGUUUUGUGCGUGUCCUGCUACGCUUGUGGCCCUGGAUUUCGCAUUCAAUGAUGCUGAAACACAUGACCGUGCGCCUAUCGAUGCUGCUCACCGAACACUCCCUCGAAAUGUGCAAGCAGACAUCAUUGCUGCUUUCCAACCACUCCCAUUCGCUGCUCCAACUAAUGGUGCGCCUCGCUGAACACGAGACGUCCAAAAAGGAGCCAACCGCCGACAAUUCUCAUGCGGACUCAAUUAUUGACGCCGCAUUACGAGUGAUGAUCAAUUGUUGCUCCUGCAUCGAGGGUCGCCUGGGUCUGAGCAAGAUGCGUGUCCUGGACAUGUUUGAUACGGUACUGCCGGCAAGCGGCCGAUGCACCAAAGCGACCAAAGUGAAGCCGGAGGUGCGGCUUAGCUGGCUGGCAUUUUGGGAAAUUUUCUCCCGAUAUGAGCAGGGCUCUAAGAUCUGUCAUUUUGACUCACUGCUCAGUGCCGUUCGUCGCAAUCCUCCACUUUGCAUCCUGCGGCUGCGCUGCCUCCGCAUUCUGCGCAAUAUGUGCUUCUCCAAUGGCAACAGGAUGCAGUUGGUCGCCUUGACCGAAUUCGUGGAUCUAUUGCGGGACAUUGUGUCACAGCCAGUACAGGAUGGUCUUGGUGAACGUGAUACAAACAUCGAUCCCUAUGUGGAGCACCAUCUGGUGGUGCUUUGCCUGUGGAAGCUGUUCGGUUUCAGUGCCAAAUGCAGGGCAAUGUUGCGAGGCACAAAACUACAUAAGCAAUUAAUCAUGCUGUCAGAUCAUCUAGCGGAUAAACAAACUGAUGCAUUUGAAAAGUUGUCGUUUGCUAUCGAACUGAGAGACCUGCUUGAAAAGCUCUUUGAGUCGCUCGAGUCAUGAUCCAUGAAUUCCCACUACCACCAACACAACCAAUACUGACUGAUAAUAUUAACAAAUGGUCUGUACUUAUAUUAACGGUUUCGUAUCAAAAUCUCAACACGAACAGUCACCAUUCUCAGCGACCAGUUACCAAUUACUAUUGCUAUGUCAAAAAAGUCAAUAAAAGAUGUUACAUUUUACAGAUCACAGAGAUUUCAGUCCAACUGUGAUAAAUAAAAGUUGGCAACUGCAGCCAGAAUAUUAA